AUGGGGUCGCGGAGCUAUUGUUCAAACCUGCGGAUAAAAACGAUAGCAGCUAAUAAACAACAUUCAAUUAAUCAUUAUAAAUACGAGAAAACAAUAAUGUCGUUUGUCACAUCAUUAUUCAUUCUUGCCAGGCCAAAUGCAUAUGAAUAUGUCAGAAUGAAUUUAACAUAUGAUGAAAUAACGAACCAUUUGCACUUGAUAAAGUGUCAACACGUAUUUAUUAGUGAAAAUUGUACUGGUAUUGUUCCACGAAUAGAAUAUGAUACAGAAAAUAAUUGUUUUACGGGUUUUAUAACACCUGUUCUUAAUGGUGUACCAUAUAUGAAUUUAUACAUAUGUGAUACAUUCGAAGAAUUGGAAAAUUUAUUUAAUACUGCUGUUCUAAAAGCAACACUACUGGUAGUUAAUGUUCAUCUGGUAAAACCAGCAGUUUCAUCGACAUCUGCAGUUUUAAAAUCACCAGUUAUUUUAUCUACAUACGGGAUGAAUGAAUCUGCUGGGGAUCGUGGAGUUACUGUAAGCAAGGCUAUGUUCGAAACUUUCACAAAACUUCGUCAAAUCGCACAAGAUCACAAUGUCGAAGAUAAGCUUAAAAUUCCUCAACUGGUUUUUGUCGGUGAAACCUCUACCGGUAAAUCAAUGUUAGUUCAAAAUUUUCUUCGUUUUCCCUGUUCGUUUUCGCAAUCGAAUGUGGCCACGCGGUGUCCGGUUGCCUAUCGUCUUCGGUAUAAUCCAAGGUUAAAAGACGGAGAGAUCCGGUUUACUCAGCCGUUUGGUCUUAAAGCUCAAGAUUUAGGCGAACAUUUGAAAGAAUUGAUGACUCAAAUUGAAAUGACACACCGAGAUACAGGCGGAUUCCGGUUGGAACCGUACAUUAUCGAAAUCGAAAGUAAUGAAUAUACGGACUUCGAAAUUUUAGAUGUACCGGGCUUGAUCGGCGGCAGUGAAAACCAAGAGCAUCGUGCUGCUGUUGAAAAAAUAACAGAAUAUUAUGUUCGAAAUCCCAAUUUCAUGAUUGUCCAGCUCAAAGAAGCCAAUCAGUUGAAAGCGAACAGUUACGCUAUACGUAAGAUCCAUGACUUAUGCACAAAAAAUCCAUCUGAAUAUGGUUCGUCGUUGCCGCCGCGUCCAAAUUAUGCAAAAGAUGCGAUCACAAUUCAAACCAAAUUUGACACGUUCAUGCAACAAAAAACUAGCGGUUCUAUAGUCAAUCAAGAAAUUGAAACAUUGAGAGAUGAUUUUGGCGAGACCUACUUUGUUAACAUGGUUUUCGACGGUUAUACAUUUUCAGAUCACACAUAUGAGGAGAAUGUUGAAUAUAUAGCUCAAUUACCGGAGAUAGAAGAGCAACAAGUAAACGAAUGGAUCGUGGGAAAAUUGAAUCGAGUCUCAGAUCAAACAGAUUCAAGAUAUCAACCGUUUAAUCACAACUAUCGAGCAUUGAUUGGAAUUGACGUUGUCCGAAAGCAAAUUCAAGAUUUGUGGGUUAAAGCAUUUCGCGCUGCUUUACCAAACUUGAGCGAAUCUAUACGUGAACAACUUGAUGUGGCCAAAGCCAAAUACGAAGCAGCAUUAUUAAAACUUCAACAACAAGAUCCAACGGUUGUGCGCUCACACUAUAACAAAUACAUUACCGAGUUUCGCGCAACUAUUCGCUCGUACGUUGCAUAUCGAGCUGAAAUUGAUGCUUUCUUUCCCAUUGAGUUGGCCGGUAAAAAGUACCGUGACAUUGCCGCACGCUACGACAAAUGGAAUCGAAAACAGUCAAUCACCUGGCGAGCCUAUCAGACUAUUGAUCAGCUUCAGACAGCAAAAAACGGUAUUUUGACAUCGCUCGAUUUAAAACUGAUUGGUGGCAGACACUUUCAUCGUCUACAGCAGGUGUUCGCCUACAUGGUAUUGUCAUUUAAACCUCGUGAGCCAUCUCGUGAUUGGAUCGACACCGCCGCAGCAUUUUUGUAUGGUGGUAACAGCGACUAUGAAAAUAUGGAAAAGGCCGUACGUGAAAUUAUGCGAACGCUGAUUCGAGAAACAUUUCUGAUGGGUAUUUGCUGGCUGACGCAAAUGUAUUCGUUGCUCACUGAAAUGUUUGCUAAAGAAAUUAAACGGUAUUUACUAUCAGAGAGGUUUUCUCAUCUACGCGAUCAUGUCAAAUUUUUGAGCGCUGUCGAUCUCGAAUAUCACAAUACGGUAAGAAACUUCAUUCGACAGGCUAAUGAGUCGAUCAAGCAUGCACGUGACUCUGGUUCAGCGUAUGUCGUUCACGACAUCACUGCACGACUGAAAUAUUUAGUUUUUUCCAUUCCGGCUGAAAUUCCGCAUAGGGCAUUUGAUCAAAAAGUACCCGGCCUGGCAGUAAAAGUAAAUAAUGAGUAUGUUGAGGCAACUAUUGCCGAUGUCUUCAAACACAUUCCACCGCAAAAAUUGAUGAAUUUGAUCAACGGUUCCGGCUCGUUUUUGACCGUCGAAAAUCGUGACGUAGAAACGUUUGAACAUCAUAGUAACGGACGAAAGGCGAUCAUUGAGAUUUACACAGCUGUUGCCGGACAACUUUUAAACGCAAUUACGACAAGUUUCAAUUCAAAUGUAGUGAUGAAAAUUCAAGAGUAUGAUACGAUGAGUAUCGAGCGGGCAUUAAACGAUCGAAUUAAUAGAAUGUCCGAUGAAGAAAUCGGUGAAAUGGCCAAUAUUCAAAUUGCAGUAAUAAAAAAGAAUUUAAGUGAUGCUGAGAGAGAAAUAAAUGAUUUAUACAAAGCAAGUCAUCUUAUUGAAGUCUCGAUUCAAGAAAUGGAGAAUGGACGAGUAUUAGAUUCGGAUGAACGUCAGAAGCUGACACAAAAAUUGGAGAGAGCACGAGACGGAAAUAAACUUUAUUCUAAAGUGAAAGAAGGCGAACUUAGACGAAAGCUCAAAAGGGACAAGACAAAACGGCGAGUACAUGACCAGUCACACACAGACGACGACGAAGAAAAUGAGUUCACAGAUAAUAUAGAACUCCUUGAUAAUGAGAGAGAAUUAAUGUUGUGUACGGACAAAACAACAGCUGAUGCCUUUCUGUUGGCAUUAUAUCAGAAACACGACAUGGAAGAUCUGAUCAGCGGUUUUCUACCAGGUGAUUCAUUGGAAGCGGACAAAGAAAACCCAAGAUGCCAGAUCCAUUUGAAUGUCGAUGAGAACAGGUUGGAUUUUGAUAAUGUCAAGAUUGCUUCACUGCAAAAAACGGCAUCUAGAGGAUUACAACAAAGGAGUACAACUACUGAAGUGCGAGACAACAGAAUGAACAAUUAUCCCAGCAAUAAUCGAUCAGCAACAACAACACAUGAAGUUGAACAAAAUGAAAAUAUCAAAACAAAACAGAAAGAUUGGAGUCAAGCCACCGAUUCAGAUGAUGGGGAAAAGUAUGAUAUAUUGACAACGUCUGAUAUUGGUGAUUAUAAUUUAAAUCAACAACAAAAGCAAUCAAGACAGCGACGAACUCAUCUAAAAAAACCGUUUCAAAAAAAGAAAUAA